CUCCAGUAUCCAUAGAAACAAACAGGAGCAGCGGUGCUGUAGCCUAACUCUGGCAUCUAUGAACUUCUCAGUCUCAGUGAAGGUGCCGCAGCCUGCUGACCAAUGACGCAAUUGCGCACAUGCGUAUGAGCGGUGGGCGGAGGGUUCCAGUCGGUCAGGAAGAGGAGAAAGGCGGACACAGAAACAUCAAACGAUGGCAGCCAUCAGGAAGAAGUUGGUGAUAGUUGGGGAUGGUGCGUGUGGGAAGACCUGUCUGCUCAUUGUGUUCAGUAAGGACCAGUUCCCAGAGGUCUACGUCCCCACUGUGUUUGAGAACUAUGUGGCAGACAUUGAAGUGGAUGGGAAACAGGUAGAACUAGCACUUUGGGAUACAGCAGGACAGGAAGACUAUGACAGACUGAGGCCUCUCUCCUACCCCGACACUGAUGUUAUCCUCAUGUGCUUCUCCGUAGACAGCCCUGACAGUUUAGAGAAUAUUCCAGAAAAGUGGACUCCUGAAGUGAAACACUUCUGUCCAAAUGUUCCCAUCAUCCUGGUGGGCAAUAAAAAAGAUCUGCGCAAUGAUGAGCACACCAGACGAGAGCUUGCCAAAAUGAAACAGGAACCAGUUAAAUAUGAAGAUGGAAAAGAGAUGGCAAACCGCAUCAGUGCCUACGGUUACCAGGAGUGUUCUGCCAAAACCAAAGAUGGUGUGAGGGAAGUCUUUGAGAUGGCAACUAGGGCAGCACUGCAGGCCAAGAAACGUGGCAAGAAGUCCACCUGCCUUCUGUUAUAGGCUCUGGGAGAAGAAGAGGGAGCUGCCCUCAAGCACAGAUGGAGAGGGCAGCUUCCAAUGAGAUUUGACAUAGGGGAAAAUAUUGGGGAGGGCCCAGAAAAGUUUUGCUGAUGCUCGGUUUCUGAUCACCCAAUUAUCCUCAGCAAAUUGAAGCAGGUCUGCAAUUAUUUGAUAGGCUUCUACACAUUGGUCCUCUGCCUAUACAUUAGGUUAUGUGCCAUUUUGCUCGCGUCUAUCAAACAUUUUCAGAUCUACAAGUCUGUAGGGCAGGUGGUGGGGGGUGAUUUGAAGUUGAGUAGAUGUAAACAGGUUGAAAUGUGCCAUGAUGGGAAUGAAGAGAGAAAAGGUCCUUACCAGGCCAAAGACAAUGGGGACAUGAGAGAGAAAAAGACAUUAAUAUAAAAUAGUUUUGAAUUAAGACCAUAUCUAAGUGGAUUUUUACACAGUGUCGCCUACAUGUAGUGCCUUGAGAGCAGUGGUCAAGAAGAGUAAGUGGAGGGGUAUGGAUUCAUAACUUAGAUGGGGUGUUACUUUGUCAUUUGUAGUGUCCACACUUCACGUUUGUGAAUGCUUUUUCCCCGUCAUUGGCUUGGCUUCUUCAGGCCCAUAUUCUGACUCAGGCGUUAUGCAGGGGUAUGCCUAAACUAGAUUGUAUGAGAUAUUUUCCCAUACUGAAUUACUUACCUGAACUUCAGAAAGUGUGUGUGUGUGCGCGCGCGUGUGCGACUGUAUGGUGGUUUGUUUUUUUCCAGUGCAGGUCUGCAUGCAGUGAAUGUGUGUAUAUUUGUGUGAGUGUGUAUUAACAUAUGUGUCUACGUACUGUAUGCAUGGAAAGCCUUCUGCGUCACUGACCUAAUCCCUUGUUUCCAUGCCAAAGUUACCCGUGAUGACCACAUUUUAUGGCUCAGAUGGGUAAUAGAUUAACAGCUACUCAGAGUGACAUAGAAACCUUCAUUUUACUGGAAGAUAUUGUACUAUAGCUAGAGGCACAAUCAGGUUAAACAUAUGAUGCGUUUUUAGGACCUUUUUUGUGUAUACCAGAGAUUCAUUUAAUUGUGUUAAUCAGUGGGUCAAAUCACAAGUGGUGUAGCUGAUAAAUUGAAUAUUCUUACAUAUACAUGAUAGGCUUAUCUUAUUACUAUAAUGUCCAUUAUGUACUGUAUGUCUUACAGGGCCUUGUAAGGACAUGUUAAUGAUGUGUAAUUCAAGUUUGCCUUUUACUCAACUCUCCCCAUCGCCCCUUUGACGAUAUUGUCAUUAUUGUACUAUAACUUUUUAUUGUUAAUGUCUCUAAUUUUCUUAGUAUUUUUUAAUCAUUAUACUUAAUCCUGCUAUUAUGAUCAGCUUAUGUCAGUUAAAUGAUAAAUUGUAACCGUAGCAUUAUUUCAUUUAAUUAAUUGAAGGUCAAGCUUGGGGUGCAAGGUUGGAAGGUUUUGGGGGCGGGCUGCUAGAGCUUUUUUUUUUUUUUUUUUU